CUUUGUAUUACUGUAUAUGCAUCGCGUCUUCUUUGAUCUUGAAACCAGGUGGUGCGCAAGGAAGCUUGGAAGUUGGUUCCCUCUGCACCACUUUUCGAGUCUGAAACACACUUUCCAGCUCUCCUCCGACAAAGACUCAGACCGCCGGCGGCAUGCUCCUCCUCGACGGCGACCUUGUCCUCUCCUCCUCCGGAAGCACCGGCGCUGCCUCUCGCACGAGCGACAGCGGGAGGGAGCUCGUGGCGGCGCUCUUGGAGAGCCCCGGGAUCCGCCACGCGGUCGACCGGCUGAAGGUCGCGCCGGAGAGGCGGAUCUCGGCAGGGCAGGAGGGGGCGCCGAAGCACGUCUACGUGUUCCAGCGGGAGUACGCCACGGUGGAUCCGGCGCGCGUCGAGUUAGUUGGCACAGAUGAGGCUACUACAUGCAUUGGUGUUGUAAUUCGCAACAACAAGACUGGAAUGACCUCUGUUAGCCAUAUGGAUUUUCCAGAAAUUGUGGAGGGAGGGAUCAAGCAGAUGUUAGAAUUACUUGGUGAUGACAAUGCACCAUUUGAUGUUCACCUUAUUGGUGGCUUUGCUGAUGCUUCCACAAAGGUUGUUCGUUCCUCUGGAAAGAAACACAUCAAACAGGAAGGGUAUUCCUAUCCACUAUGUUGCAAAAUAGUUGAAGUGCUGCAUAAGUCCCAGCUACAAUUCCACCUUCGAUCAUUUUGUGUCCUUGAGAAUAACACGAAGAGUGACUCAUUUGGAAAUGCGCUACCUAUAAUUGGUGGAUUUGUGGUUGAAACCUCAUCUGGAGUUGUGAUACCAGCAACCUUUGAUAUGGAUUCAAGGUGCCCAGAUGAAGUUGUCAGGAGAAUUCGUGUGAGCGUUAGCUCUUAUGAUCCAACUUGGCAAGGAAGGUUGCUGGAGACUUACGAUACUCAGGACGAUGUUUUCCAAAUUGCACCUGCCUGCUGGAUGCCAGAUUGGGCCGAUAUAGCGUCCUCACUCAACCAGCUCUCGGACUCCGAAGUCCUGCUGCGGUGCUCCACCUCUCCAGCCGCAGAACCACCUCACUUCGUGGAAAACGAAAGAAGGAUCUGGAAAUACCUGAUCGAUAACCCGGACUGGGAAGAGACGUUCCCAAAACACAAGCCCCGGGUGUUCCAUAGGGCAAGCGACGGAAGCUGGUCAAGGUACUCGUAGUGCAAGCCAAGGGCUUCCAUCGUCUGCUGUUAUCGUCGGUGCUCCCACACAUGGAACGAACCAGAAGGGAAACCCCCCUCUCCGUUGAUUUGAACAGUGACAUAUUAAGUUUGAGUGCAAAGUUUUCUGCGCACUGCGAUUAGCACAUCCGUGGACGCUUGGAGAUGGGAGUAAAUUUUAUAAAGUCUCUUGGAGAUGGCAGCUGCUCUAAGGACCAGCUAAAAACUAAAAAAACGCAUGCUCUUGGGCCGAAAAUGAUGAGCGAUUCCUCACAUCUCCGUUCUUUUUCUUUAUCGAAAUUUUCAUUUCUACGCAGUUUUGUAUUUUUCUGAAGUUAUAAGGUUCCUUGUUUUGUGCACAAACUUAUAAUGCAACUUCCCCAAAACUC